UAGCCCUCCUUGUCGCUCGUUGCGGCAGUCUCGUGGAUGCCGUAGCCUAGUUGUGCAAACUACAUGGACAAUAACAGUCACCUGGAAAGCCGCUCAUGCCGAGCACGAUAAGACAAGUGCACGAUACGUCAGCGGGAAUCAGCGAGUAUAAAACUCGACAUCUUAAAGAACGGCUUUAAUUGAAACACGCAUAGUCGUAUUCCUAAAUAAUUUCUAAAACAGGAACUAAGUAACAACUAAGCCUUGCAGUGAGCCAUAAACAGCGAUCGGCGGGAAUGGCUUCAUCUCCUUGCGGUAGCAGUAACUUUGAUUGUGGGCUUGAGAUCAAAACUCGUUCGGUGGAACAGACACUUAUUCCGCUGGUCUCACAGAUCACCACGCUGAUCAACCACAAAGACAAGCCAAAGAAGUCGGAGAAGACUCUGCGGGCCAUCCAGAGGGUGGGCCAGGCGGUCAGCGCUGCCGUAGGCCGCUUCGUCACUGUCGGGGAGGCCAUCGCCACAGAGAAUGAAGAGCUCAAGGAGGAGAUGGGCCUGGCCUGCUUCGAGGCGCGGAGAGCAGGUAAUGCCAUCGCCCAGCUGACUGACGUGAGCGGCCUGGAGCAGCCGGAGUCGGAAGGCGGCCGCGGGACGGUGUUCAGUGACCGCACUGGCAUGGUGAAGGCGGCGCGCAUGCUCUUGUCGUCCGUCACCAAAGUGCUGGUGCUUGCUGACCGCAUCGUCAUCAAACAGAUCAUCACCUCACGCAACAAGGUGCUGGUGACGCUGGACCAGCUGGAGCGGGUCACCACCUUCCAGGAGUUUGUGCAGAUCUUCAGCCAGUUUGGCAACGAGAUGGUGGAGUUUGCCCACCUGACGGGAGACAGACAGAAUGAUCUGAAGGACGAGAAGAAGAAGGCUCGGAUGGCUGCGGCCCGCGCUGUGCUGGAGAAGUGCACCAUGAUGCUCCUCACGGCAUCCAAGACAUGCCUCAGACACCCCGACUGUGAGUCGGCACGCAUCAACAAGGACGCGGUGUUCCAGCGCAUGCGCUGCGCCCUGGACCAGGUCAUCGAGAUCGUGACGGACUCCAGGCCCAGCGGGGAGGCCCAGUCUGGGCUGCCCGUCAGCCUCUACACGGGCCUGAAAGACUUUAAGGGUAAGGUGGAGGGUCUGCGGGAGUCUCUGUUCGGGGUGCCGGCGGAGAGUGUCUCGGCACAGCUGGAGGCUCUGGUGGAGCAGAUGGAGGAGUUCACCGACUCGGCGUACACGCCCCACGAGCAGCGCCAAGGCCUGCUGCAGCUGGGCGGCCUCGUCCGCCAGGACACACGCGCCCUCAUCGCUGCCUGGACGGAGGCGCAAUCUGCCAAAGCCAAAGAGGCCACAGAGGAAGUGGAGCUGGCCAUUUUGAAAAACUGUCAGAGUAUUGGCGACCUUCGGAAAGAGCUCCAUAAGAUCGCGGUGGGCCGGGCCACGGAGCUACUCAGGCAGCACUCGGAGCACCUGGCGCUGGAGGCCCUGAAGGUGGCGGGCGGCGAGGGCAACCUGGAGGCCGUGGCCGAGUACGCCCGCACCCUGUCCGAGCAGAAGGACCAGCUGGUGGAGACGUGUCGGUUGCUGUGUCAUGUGUCCGGCACGGAGCCGCUGGAGAUCACCUGCAUCCACGCAGAGGAGACCUUCUACGUCAUCGGCCCCCAGAUCGUCUCAGCGGCCCAAACCCUGGCCCUCCACCCGUCCAGUAAGAUAGCCAAAGAGAACCUGGACGUGUUCUGCGAGGCUUGGGAGUCCCAGCUCUGCGACAUGGCUGUGCUGCUCCGAGAGAUCAACGAUGUGUUCGAGGGACGCAGAGGUGAUAAGAAACCCUACCUGUCUCUGCCCAGACCUGGGCAUUCAACCAACCUAAAGACUGCAAAAGCUGCUAAACUUGAUUCUGAGGAGCAGAGCACCAUAGCCAAGCUGGGCCUGGAGCUUCGCCUGCUCACCUCGGACGUGGACUCUGAGGUGGAGCGAUGGGAGGACCAGGAACAUGACAUCGCCCGUCAGAGCCAAAGCAUUUCCAGUAUGGCGUUCUCCAUGUACCUCUUUACCAGGGGGGAGGGUCUCCUAAAGACGACGCUGGACUUGUUCCACCAGGCAGAGAUGCUGUCUGAGCAGGGGAUCCAGUUGUGUUCACACCUGCACACGUUCUCCACACAGCUGCUGGAUGAGGAGAAGGCCGUGAUUCUGUCGGAGACCGAGAAGCUUGCAGCCUCGUGUCAACAGCUCCAGAUGGGGGCCAGGACUCCUGUACAGGGGAAGAGCGCCACCUUUCAGAAGGUGGAAUCAUCAAUCCAAAACACCAAAGGAGUUAUGACUGUGGUGGUCUUUCUGUUGCCAGUCUGUAGUAAGCUCAUAAGAAAGUACAAGUCGGAGCGGAGUAGCCUGGGCUCUCCGCAGAACUGGAGGGAAAAACGACAGCUCACACCGGUCAGGGAGGAUGCCACCGUCAACGGCAAAAGCAGCAAUGGCUUCGGGGUCAAGUCCCUGGAGCAACACAUGGCCAGUCUCACCUUCCUGGAGAGCAAAUAGCUCCCGUGAAGAUGCGUCCAGUCCACCCAGCCAGCCACCCACCCCGUCCCCCCCUAAGUCCUUAUCGCCAAGAUCUACUGGAGCGUCUGUCUGACUGACCUGUCCGGAGGGCAUCAUACACAUGGGCACGAGAGCGCGCACGCACACACACACACACACACACACUCAGAAAGCAGAUUGCAGUGCACUUGCUUAAGGCGUGCCUCUUUCUGUGUUGACGCUCAUUUUGCUGUGUGGUGUACAGAACUCCAUGGCCUAUUUGCCUCAUUUUAUGUGCACAUGGAGGUCGAAGAAAACAGACUCACACACUGACACUGACACACACACACACACACACACACAACAUCAGUCAGUCUGUGCAUGUCUUUCUGUAUAAGCAAGCCUCUUGUUUACUGUAUUCAUGCAAAAAAAGCUGGUGUUCUUUAAACCAUAUAGGUAUGACUGGGCUUCUCAUCGACCUCGCCAACUUUGCUUAGGAAAAAGAAACGGUUAAUCUGAGAUCCUGGCGCUGCAAUGCAAAUGAGAGUGGCCUUCAAGACACUUUAGAGACCCACUAAUCCAUCUGCCUCACUGUUGCCAAAUAUGUAUAUUAAAUUGGUCAAUCAUCAGUCAGUGCACUUGGCUUGCUAAUAGGCUAUAACAUUAACUCCCCACGCUUCACACUACCUAAAUGGGGAAUGAUUUUAAAUUAUCGCCUUUUAAACGUCUGGAUUAUUGUCAUCAGAGUACGAUAAAAAAAUAUAUAUUUUCAAGGAAAAAAAGAAUGAUUAUUCUAAAGGAUGUGUGUCUUUGCCACAAGAGUAUGUUGACUGUGUUUCAAUGUGGGGGACAUCGAUUCCCUUUAAAAUGUAUUUGUUAUAUGGGUUCCCCGUAAGGACUGCCAUGUAGGUCACUGUGAUACAUAUUGUUGUUGUACUUGAAACAUAAAAAAGAUGUCUAUGGAAGUAAUGUUUGGUACUUUAAAGAAUAUUCAAAUGGUUAGAAUGAAGACAGAAAAAAAGCUGAAUAACGUGUGCAGCUAAGAUACUGAGAAAACAUCUCAGAUGAUAACAGCUAGUUUUGGACCAUCAAUCCUUUUGACAGUUUGAAUGAUUGCUAAGCCAACAGAAAAAAAAUCUAAAAAUAUACCUUAUUUUUCUUAAAGUAUGGAUGAUUGUCAUUUAUUUAUGUAUUCUCUACAAAAAAUAAAUAAAUAUUCUGCUGUACAAUA